AUGCCUUACUUUUUAGCUCCCAGUAAGCUUCUGUGUUUGUGCAGCAUGUCCUGCCCAGAUAUUCUUGCGCAAGAGCAUGGGAAGGGCCGCAGCAAGCAAGCGAAAUCCAGCAUUUUGGACCUCCCCUCUCUUGUUUCAUUCGUGUUGAAGUGGAGUUUGAAGAGUUUGCCACUCAUGCGUAUGAAGCACGGACAGGGGCGCUCCCUGUGCCCUGUUUCUUACAGCCAGCUGGCUGUUGGCGACUUGGAUCCCUUCCAACCCAUGUCUGUCUUGUCGUACGUUGGCUCCAAUUUUAGCCAGUUGAUAACCGGACGCCUGGCUCACAUCGAUACUUGGCUGCACAUGGCGUCGGCAUCUUCUGCAGCAGAUGCGUGA